UUCGUAUUGUUUUCCUCGAGCGGUUUGUCCGUAACAGUGUAUGAAAAGCUUAGAGAAUGUCGCAUGCGCGCCGCCACUGUUCCACCGUCGGGAAAAUAUUGGAAACGUUCGCUAGUUUGGCAUUAAAGCGUCUCGGCGGCGACGUUCCAGUGAAAAUUUUCGUGUAGUGACGAGUUUUCCAGAGCCACAUCACAAUCAGCGUCAGGUCAUGAGACGCACACGUCGCCACAAAUUCCUCCAGAUUUCCGUUUUCUUUCUGAUUUAUUCGAUAAUUCAUGUCUUGUCGGAAAAUUCGACCCAAACAAACGAAAAAAAUGCAACUGAGACAACCUCUGAAACUCCAACGACUGUUACCAAAGUGGUAACAAGCCCUCUCGAGACAACGCCGAAAACAACAACAUCUAAAGUACUGCUGCUAGCGAAGAAGAGAAAUGCCAGCGGAACUGCGGACUGUACGCCUCCAGCUAUUCAACAGAAUAUGAUUCGUUCACGUCGCCACACUAGACAGCGGCGGUUAAUUGAUUGGACACACCAUCUCCUACUUCCCAAUAAAACCAAAACCACAACACCAACAACUCGAAAAACUACAACUAAACCCAAAACCACCACACACAAACCGGCACAAAUCGCACACAAAGAACUAAAACACAACGAAACAAAAAUUUCCGAAAACACAAACCAAACAACAACACCAUCUAAUGAAACAGAAUCGGUUAUAAAUGAAACCUUUUGUAUUCCUCCCGCUGUACAACAGUUUCCUCGGCCCCUAAUAGGCCCCACUUCGCGCAAACAUGGGGGCAUCAUAGUCCACAUAAUAGUGGCAGUUUACACCUUUCUGGGCCUGGCGAUAGUCUGCGAUGAAUAUUUUGUGGCAUCCCUGGACCGCAUAUGCGAAGAACUAAAAAUGUCACCGGAUGUUGCCGGAGCCACUUUCAUGGCUGCCGGAAGUUCCGCUCCGGAACUGGCGACGGUGAUCAUCGGCGUUUUCUUCGCGAAGGACGACAUCGGUAUUUCGGGAGUGAUUGGAUCGGCAGUUUUCAACAUAAUGUUUGUGAUUUCUGUUUGCGCGUUGUGCACCACGACGGUGAUUUACCUGAAUUGGUGGCCGCUGAUUCGCGAUUGCUUCUUCUACGCUGUUUCGAUUCUGGUCAUGCUUGUUACGAUCCAGGAUAAAAUGAUUUCGUGGAUCGAAUCGCUGUUUAUGAUUCUGAUGUAUGUUGUAUACUGUGUCGCGCUUCAUUAUAAUAGUUAUCUGGAACAAUGGGCGCAAAAACUGCCAGUUCCUUGCAAAAAAGUAGCACCGGAUGAGCAGUCAGGUCUGGUGAGUUACAAGACGCUUGAAGAAGAGAGGAAACAUCCGAGUUAUGGGUGCAGUCCGGAAAAACCGUCGCAGGAAAGCUUCGAGCAAGGCUUUGAUAACCAGCUGAGCGGCCCCGCUUUAAACCAGGCUAGUGGAGGCGCAGCCCCCGCCCCAGCGCCCGUCCCUCGCGACUAUUACCGGCCUAAAGAGUACGACCCUGCAAACACUGUAGACCCUUUGGUCAAGCCCACUGAAGGUGGAUUAUACAAGCAGAUCACGUGGGGAAUAGUUUUCCCCAUCCAUUACUUGUGCCGAAAAACAAUGCCGGAUUGUCGGUCAGAGCAGUAUAAAAACUGGUACCCUUUCACAUUUUUUAUGUCAAUGUUAUGGAUUUCGUUCUACUCUUACUUCAUGGUGUGGAUGAUUACCAUAAUCGGGACAACACUUGGCAUCCCUGACACCGUGAUGGGGCUGACUUUUGUCGCAGCUGGGGUGUCAGUGCCGGACGCUUUAUCAAGUAUAGCAGUAAUAAAAGAAGGUUACGGAGAUAUGGCAGUCUCCAAUGCUGUCGGAUCGAACGUUUUCGAUAUUUUGAUAUGUUUAGGUCUUCCUUGGUUCAUCAAAACGGCGAUAAUCAAACCGGGAUCGGACGUUCCUGUGAUCAGUAAAGGCUUAACGUACUCAACCCUUUCUCUUUUAUCCACGGUGGUGUUCCUAGUCGCCGCGACCCACCUCAACGGCUGGAAAUUAGAUCGCAAAUACGGUAUAAUCCUGAUGGCUUGGUAUCUGAUUUUUAUAACGUUUGCCAGCAUGUACGAAUUGAAUGUUUUCGGUUACCUCAAUCCACCUGAAUGUUCCAGUGACUAUUAAUCACGUUUUUUGUGUUACAUUAUAAUGCUCAAAACAAAAUUAUAUGAAAGUGUUAAACGUUUUCAAAUGUUACCCAAAAAUGUGACUUAGAUGUUUAUAGUUGUUUAUUAGCAUUGUUAGUAGCCGUCCUAAAGUUCAAUUAUUUUUGUUUGUAUAAAAACUAAACAAUGUAUCUAAAAACCCUUAAUAAUGAUUACAUUUAGAGUCAAUAAUUCGUAGACGUAAAACUCAGCUUUUUCUUAUAUAAUCGUCGAGGAAAAGCUUCCAUAGUUGUUCAAUUAAUGUUAAGUCAAUAGUAUCUAAGUGUGCUGAUUUCUUUUAAUUUAGCACAGACUGUACAAGAAACUUAUGAAAAACAAAAUAACGCUAAGGGACGUCAUCUUCCUACCACUAUUGUAAUUUCACAUCGAAAGUCGGCCUGUACAGAAUGGAAAAGCUCGGUCCACUCUGUAUAGUUUUAUCAUAAUUCCUAUUUUUUUAAGACUGAUUUCUCUUCCGUUAGUUUAUCAUUACCAUUGUGACAUAUUUUUGUAGUUUGUUUAUUUUACAAGUGAUUUCUGUUCAUGCGUACUUGUACCCAAAGAGGUUGCAGUUUUCAAAUUUAUGAAAACAAUAAAUUAGUGAAACUUACGACAAUAAUACCGCCUUAUGGUCAAUAGAAUAGGCUAAUUAUAGAAUUUAAAUAUGAAUAAGUUCGUUACGAAUCUGCGGUUUUGUAACGAACGUUUCACCCAUGAACUAUUGGCAAUAACGAAAACUAAAAGACGUUAAGACUGGUCAUUAUAUUUUUUUGUCCAUCUACAACUGAUUCUUGCCAAUAAUUCGUGGAACUUUUAUAUUUUAACGAAUUAGAUCGAUAUUGAAGAAUAGUAUUAUGCACCCACCUUAGGAUGGAAUGUUUGAAAAACCAAUUAUUGCUUCCUAAAAUUAAACAAGGACCUAGAUCAGUAUUCCAAAAACUAUGUACUAAAGCUUGAUUGUAGUUAAUGUUUGAUAACAUAUUUAAAACUGGUGUUUCCUACUGAUAUAUAGCUAUUUUUAGGAAACUCGGAUCUAUAUUUCCUUUUCAAAAAGCUUAUUGAAAUGAACGUUGAUUGUAAACUGUUUCUAAAGGACAAAAAUAAAAAAAGAACGAACGUAGCACUAGUCACCUAUAAACUGCACUUUAAAUGUUGGAAUGUAAAAAUAAAAAUUCGGAAAAUUGUA